AUGGACGAGAACAACAGGAUAACGAUUACCGUGUGCGGCGAUGGAGGAUGCGGAAAGAGCUCAAUCACAUUACGGCUUGUGAGAAGUGAAUGGACGUCCGAAUACGACCCUACAAUAGAAGACUCAUACUCGGUGACACGUACCAUAGAUGGCGUCCCCUACUACCUGAUGCUCACCGACACGGCUGGUCAAGAAGAAUACCGCGGUCUCUGGGCGGCAUCCAACUUGCAAUCCGAUGCCUUUCUCCUCGUCUACGACAUCACCGCUGCGAACUCGCUCGAUGCCCUGGAUUACUUCAUGGAGAUGAUUGAUAUGGAGACAGACAACCGGUUAGACAAUGGCAAGAUACCACCUAUCAAGUGUGUGGUGGGUAACAAGUGCGAUUUGCAGGGUCAACGGGUGAUUGAAGCAAAGAAGGGGUUGGAGUGGGCGCGAAAUCGAAAAUGCGGCUUCAUGGAGACGAGUGCAAGAGAGAUGGUCAACAUUGAGGAGACAUUUGCUCUCCUUGUCCGCCGUGUUGUAGAAGCUCGCAGACUUACUGCAAACGAGAACGCCGCAAACCGUACUGCCGCCCUACCCAUGUCAAAUGCAAAUCUUUCCGGAGCACAUACCUACAGCGAAAAGCACGAUUCCGACGAGCCAAGACAAAGCUUCUGGAGCAAACUGAAAUGCUGGUAG